CUCUCUCUGCACUCCUCACCCCAGCCCUCUCUCUCUCCUCCCCGUCUAAUCUAGCUAGUACGCUUUGUUUCUCUCUCUCUUCUGUGUCUCUCUCUCAUGGCAUUCUCCCAUUCCUGGUCCGUCAGCAAAGCCAUUAAUGGGGGAGCCGAAAUCUCCAAUAUCACAAGACCAUCAGACGACGGCAGCAGCCACAACAAUAUCCUCGUCAUCUACAGUCCCGCCACCACCGCCACUUCCCCGCCAGCAAUCCUCCCUUCUCGAACCAUGCCAUAAAAAGAAAAGCAAAACCAAAGUCUUCCGCGUCUUUCGCUCUGUAUUCCGAUCCUUCCCCAUCAUCACCCCCACCUGCAAGAUGCCCUCACUCCCGAUGGGCAGGCUCGACUCUAGCCGGGCCAUCUCCUCUGGCACUCGGGUCAGUGGCACGCUGUUUGGGUACCGAAAGGGACGUGUGUCUCUUUCGGUACAAGAAACCCCUAGGUGUCUUCCGAGCCUAGUGGUGGAGAUGGCCAUGCAGACAAAUGUGCUGCAGAAGGAGAUGGGGUCAGGGAUGGUCAGAAUCGCGUUGGAAUGCGAAAAGAGAGCGGACAAGGAGAAGACGAGGCUUAUUGACGAGCCGGUGUGGACCAUAUACUGCAAUGGGAAGAAGACAGGGUAUGGAAUGAAGAGGGAGGCCACAGAGGAGGACUUGAACGUUAUGGAACUUCUCAAGGCAGUGACUAUGGGCGCAGGUGUGUUGCCCGGGAAGUCUGAGGUAGAGGGUCCGGAUGGCGAAAUGGCGUAUAUGCGGGCCCUCUUCGAACGUGUUGUUGGCUCAAAAGACUCGGAAACUUUGUACAUGUUGAGUCCUGAGGGGAAUAAUGGGCCCGAGCUCAGUAUUUUCUUUGUAAGGAUAUGACGAUAUGAUUCACCUGCAUGCAUGUACACUAUACUAGUACCCUAGGGAAGAGGAGGGUAGACUUCUUGGGACAUUUCUUCUGUGAAUUAGGGUAGAAACAAGAAUUAUUACCUGACAUAAGGCGGUCGAUUCGAUUGACGAAGUGAAUAUGAAGGCUGUCUUAAUACAAUUCUUUUGUUCAUUAAGAAAGCUGCACAAUUCUUAAUUUGUUCGUCAAUCGUUAACAAUUUGCAUUCUCUGCAUUUCGUCUUCUGUCGGAUUGAAGCACAAAAUAUGAUGGGAGUCGUUGUGGAAUUCUAAAAACCUGAAAAAGAGAAUUCAGAAAUCACGAAUUAAACUUGCAGGCAUAUAAAUCAAUAGUAGUAUAGAUAUACAUGUAAGAAUCCUAUGUGGACUCAACUAGUUGUGAUAAGGAGAAGUAAUAUGUUGGUGAUGCAAAUCAUUAGAGGUUGAAUACGUGUAAAACCAACAUCCUAUAAUUGAGGAAAUAUAUUCAACAUGCUUCUAAAGCCA